AAUACACAUAUAAAUUUCUAACUAGUAAAUAGAUUAAAUAAUUAGUAAAUGUAAUAAUUUUUAAAUAACAAAUACACCAUUAUCUCUAUUUUAUUAAGAAGGAACCAGACAAUUUUUACGGUUUAACUGGUUCAAUGCAACUAACUAUAUCACACGAGCUUUAAACCUCAACUUAGAUAUAUUUUAAUUGUUGUUAUGAUAACAUAAUCUUAAUCUAAUUGUAUCGCUAUCAACUAAUUCUUAUUUCAUACCACUGCAGUGUUGAGAAAAUGCAGUACUAUAGUCACAAACAAUUGAGAUUUUUUUCCUGAAUUUUUUUUGAUCCUGCCGUGCAAGAUAAUACUUCAAACUCCUUAGUCUAAAUCUCAAAUUUGUAGCUGUCAAGUGCUGCACUUUCUUCUUAUAGAUUAUAACUGAUAUUUUAUAAUUGGAACUAUGUAGUGAUUAUAGUCACGAACACAUGAAACUCCUCUUUUAUCCUUCUUAAGGAAAUAUUUGAGGCGUGAACUAGACCCACGUAGCUUAUAUUUUUGGAGAGUUAGAAUAGUGAACAAAUCUCAUUCUUUCACUCUUUAGGCAAGGAAAAGUAACUACCAAACUGGCAUAUCAUAAAUCAUUUGCUGAUGUUUAAAUUUUCAUGAUUUGAUAAAUAAUCAACUUUUAUUCACAACAAAAACUUGAUACUAAUAGCUGGGAGUGAUAGGAAAGGAGAAUCACAAUUUAUGCCACAAAUCAUAUUCUGAUCCGACACCACUCACCCAUAACUUCAGCUUUUUAACUCUUCCCUGUUACUAAAGAAGUAGAUGUGACCACACAUUUGCAAAAGAAAGUGUGUUGUGGCACUGUAAGAGUAGAAAUGGAGAAAGACAUGACUACUGCAUGCAAGGGUUUUCUUGAUGAACAGUUUCUCCAGCUUGAGGAACUUCAAGAUGACGCUAACCCUAAUUUUGUGGAAGAAGUUGUCACAUUGUACUAUAGGGAUUCAGCUAGACUAAUCCAUGGCAUAGAACAAGCAUUGGGGAGGAAUCCACUUGAUUUUAACAAGCUAGAUAGUCUUAUGCAUCAAUUCAAGGGAAGCAGCUCAAGCAUUGGAGCCAAAAAGGUGAAAGCUGAGUGCACUGUCUUGAGGGAAUAUUGCAGAGCAGGAAAUGGAGAAGGGUGCAUGAGGACAUUACAACAACUCAAAAAAGAGUAUGCAACUCUGAAGAAGAAGCUUGAGUCCUAUUUUCAGCUAGCAAGGCAAGUUGGGCCUGCCGAGACUGUAUGCCGCCGCAAGUAAGAGACAUUAGUAGCAGAAGAAGAAGUGUUUUUGUAAUGGUAUGGAAGAGGUUAUAUUGGGUAUAAUUUGGGUUGAGUUAGAAGCUUGAAGCUAUGUAUUGAAAGUUAUUAAUGGAAAUUAUCUGCAAGUCCUUUUUGCUCCUUCA